UCUCACUUCUCGAGAUUAACCUGUCUAGUCGGUAAUUUAUAAAAGAAUUUAUCUAUCACAUAUGAUCUCAAGCUUCAACCAUCUCCACACCCAAAGCUUUUGAAUCAGUUCAACCAUGGCUUCUUUACGGCCAACAUUUUCAUCUACAAUACCCCAUUUUUUCAAAGUUAUUCUUGAUGACACAUCGAGAGACACCAAACUUAAAGUUCCGAUGAAAUUUGUGAUGAAAUAUGGAGAAGAGUUAUCAAGUCCAGUAUAUCUUACACUUCCAUGUGGUUCAGAAUGGGAAAUAGAACUGAGAAGAUGUAAUGGUGAGGUUUGGUUUGAGAAGGGUUGGCCGGAGUUCUCCAAAUUUUACUCUCUUGACUACGCUUUUUGGCUAGUUUUCGGGUAUGAAGGGAAUUCAAGAUUCCACGUCUUCAUAUUCGAUAGAAGUUGCACAGAAGUUGACUAUCCCAUAAAAUUGCCGGAGAAGGAAAAAACCGAUUACGAAGAUGACGAGUCGGUUGAAAUCUUGGAUGAUUUUCCCACAAGCCGAAGAAGAAAAGGGGAGAGAUAUUCAUCUUUACCAUGUCCUUUGCCUCCGAAGAAAAAAAGAAAGAGCUAUCCAAGGAUGCAUCCAUUGACUGAAAAAGAUAAAGCUAUAGCUCUUCAGAGAGCAAUUGCUUUCAAAUCUGAAAAGCCUCACUUCAAAGUUGCCAUGCAGCCCUCCUACAUAUUCGGCAAUUUGAUUUUGCCGGCGGGGUUUGCCAAGAGACAUCUUAUGCAUCAGCCUGAUGGUAAUGCCAUCCUUCGUCUUCCAGAUGGAGGAACUUGGUGUGUUAAACUCAAAAUAUAUGAAAAAGGGAAAGUACGAUUCCAGCGUGGUUGGUUGGAAUUUGUAAGGGACAAUAAUUUGAAAACUGGAGAUGUGUGUGUAUUUAUCUUGAUUAAGGGCAUUGAACUUGCAUUUGAAGUUGUCUUUUACCGGGGUACAGAAGCUUCAAACUGCUCCUUGUCUCCAGGUUUACAUGUAAUAAGUUGUUAUAUUCGAUUUGUGCUCAGUUACGAAUCCAUAACUUACACAUGAUUUGUUAUUUUCUUUUUUAUUCUUGGGAAGGAGGCCAUGCCAAAGGAGCUAGAGCUAUGGAUCAGGGAAAGUGGGAAAUUGGCACGUCUAGCUCUCACGAUCCUUAUGCUGGAAAAGAAUGCAGUGGAGGCUUGAAUUUGGAAACUGUUUAUGAAGACCAUGAUGAUAAAUCUGUCGAAAUCUUGGAUGAUCUGUGCCCGAGAAAAUCAAGGGAUAAAUCACUGGUAAUGCCCAAGUUGGAAGAAACUGAUAAACAUGAUGAUCAUUCUAAUGAUGAUAUUAGUAGAGAUUCUGAUGAAGUACAAGACGAUCCAACAAUACCUGAGGAGGAAGAAACAGAUUAUGAAGAUGAUGACUCGGUCGAAAUCUUGGACGACUUUUCACCCUGCCCUAGAAAAACAAGGGAGAAAUCUCCAUUACCAUGUCUACACAAGAAAAUGAGAACAUGUUCGAGUAGUAAAGCAGCGGAAUGCAACACCAACUUCCCAGCAACAAAGACUCAACCUUGUGAAAUCAAGAAGUCAUUCAGAAGCAAAGACUCAUAUUGCUCUAAAUCAGAAGUGAAAAGAGAACGUGAUUUUUCCACAAUGAAAGAAGUUGGAGGCUUGUCUAGCAGUCAAAUAUUCCGAAAACGAACACCUGAUGUUCUUGGGAGGGAACAUUCAUUGACCAAAAGCGAAAUAGCUCUGGCUCUUCAGAGAGCCAAUGCUUUCAAAUCUGAAUACCCUUCAUUUCGGGUUGCCAUUCAACCAGCUUAUAUCCAUAGUAGUUAUCUGGGUUUGCCAUAUGAGUUUGUGAGGACACAUCUUAACAAGCAGCGUUCAAGUAACGUAAUCCUUCAGAUUUUAGAUGGAAGCACCUGGCCAGUUACUUUCAAAUAUGAUGCAACACCUCGAUUUCAGAAUGGUUGGUCAGUGUUUGCAAGGGAAAACAACUUGAAAGUUGGUGAUUUAUGUGUUUUUGAAUUGGUUAACCACGAUGAACUUACAUUUGAAGUUGUCUUUUUCCGCGCCACAGAAGCUAAAAUGUGCUCCUCGUCAGCAGGCCAUGGAGGAGGAGCAAUUGAUCAAGUUGAAAUAAAGAGAAGGUCCAUAUGUAAAGUCAAAUCAGGUUAUGAAAAUGGAGAGUACACAAAGUUAAAGAUUUCUGAUCAGGUUACUCAAACGCCUUCAUGUUUGAAGGCUUCAAGGGUUCUUGAAGCUGCCAACAAUUUCAUCCCAAAAAAUCCUUUCUUUAGAGCCACUUUGGGGCCAACAUCCAAGACAGUGGUACAUGUACCAGUGAAGGUUGCCAUGAGAUUCCCCCUACGAAAGGCGCAAACCACGACCCUUCAGGUCGGAGAGCAUUCUGGCCCGUGAAUUUGAUUGGUUACACUAAUGAGAGGAGACAAAUGAUCAUUUCUGGUGGAUGGCUUGCAUUUGCGGAGGAAAAUAGUUUGAGAACAGGAGAUGUGUGCACAUUUGAACUCGUCGAGACAAAUGACAUUGUGCUGAAAGUUCACAUUUUCAGAAGUUGAUUAGGCAAAGUUCUUAAUUUCUUUUAAGUGGGAUGAAAGACCUCAGUUACCAACCACAUUUUGCAGUCGAAAUAGACCACUUUUUGCUGUAGUUAGAAAGGUCUAUGGAUACCUGGAAUUACUCUGUAUUUUUCUGUGCUUUAAAUAUUUUUGACCUUACAAUCCUGGGUUUUUAUUCAAGGUGCAACUUCCUAUGAUUGUGAUGUAUAAAUCAUCUU